UCGGAAAGUGGUAUAUUUCAAUAGAUAUUAUUCAAUGGACAUGUGGGUGUGUCCUGACAGAUCAAUAAAGAGGUCGCAGAUUGGUUUGAAAUGUCAUCGCUACUUGGGAUUUUUUUAUCGUGUGAAAAAAUGUUCCUCGUAUUUUUACGCUAUGUUCUCGUGUGUCUUGUGGUUUUGGAGAGCGCACAUUCAUCGUGUCCGUUCGAGUGUUUCUGUGUGUCAACCAGCAGGGGGCAUGUAGUCGAGUGCCACGCCGGGGGCUUUACGGACAUACCGACUCCGUUAUUUGCCGACACGUCUACAUUGGUGAUGAAUGGAAACAACAUUAGUACUCUGCACAAUAACAAUUUUAUAUAUCUCUCUCAACUCAAGCAGCUACGACUCGACAACAAUAUGAUAUCGGAGAUUGAAGUCGGUGCUUUUCGGAAUCUGUCGAUGCUACAAGAACUAACACUUGCUCAGAACCAACUGACCACAUUACAGAUCGGUAUAUUCGAUGGUCUAGUUAGUCUGACGAAGUUAGAUUUGAGUGAGAAUAUGCUGACCUUUGUACCUCCUAAAGGUGUCUGGGACGACGUCAUCAAUAUGGUUAAUCUGAAUUUCAAGAAGAAUCUAAUUGUUACUGAGCCUACCAACGAAUUUCUAAAUCUGUGGAACCUGACGAUACUGGAUAUAUCGUUCAACUCACUCUCUGGCAUCGGAGACGAAUGUUUAAAAAGUAUGGGCCGUUUACGUGAACUUAAAAUGGACGGCAACAAUUUCACAUCUAUCCCGACAACGGCUCUCUCUCGCUUACCGUCAAAGAAUAUGGUGUAUUUAGGCCUCAGUUCUAAUCGGAUUAAUCGCAUUGACGAUUUUGCUUUCGAUGUGGAUUCUCUCAGAAGCUUGGAGACAUUGACGAUGUGGUCUAAUUUAAUAACGGACAUAUCGAAUGAUGCAUUUAAAAACGUACCUCGACUUGCCACUCUAUUGUUGGGUGUUAACAGACUCACUACAUUAAACUCGAUUGCAUUUAGCAAGUUGACAGGUAUCCGGAUGCUGAAUUUACUUGGAAACCCCUUACUCUGUGACUGCGAUAUGAUCGAUUUUGUGCAUUGGUCUCAAAAUAGGACAGAGCUGCACCUUCUCGGAGACUGUCGUACUCCCGCGAAUUUAAAGGGCGCCCUAAUUGAGAAGCUGUCGUCUGCUGAUUUGAGAUGCACUAGCGCCCUCAUUGAUACAGAUAAUUUCCCAUCUGCGGUCACGGUGGCGGAAGGAGAAGACGCCACAAUGUGUUGCCUCGUUAAUCGCGGAGGGGUUUCGGUUCACUGGUAUACAGCUGACGGUACUUUCUUAAGCAACCUGACAUGCCUGCAGUUACUAAAUGUCUCUUCAAUGAGUGAUACGAAUUACGAGUGCGUUGCAAUACUGAACAGUCUGUACGACACCGAAACAUUUUCCCUGACUGUUCUCACACCGACAAAAACCGUCAUGACCUCUGCGACAAUGCAAACGGAACUGGUGACAGAUACCGCACCAGACACCAUACCUCACCUGAUUAUCAUCAUUUCUGUCGCAGUCGGUGGCGGGAUUUUUAUCAUAUUUUUAAUCGUCUGCUGCGUCGCUUUGCGCAUGCGCCGUUUCAGUGCCAGCUUGGACAUUCAAGCCAGCAUGCCGCUUCAGGAUACAAAGCAAACUUCUACUUACGUCACGAGCCCGAAAGACGGACACGACGGCGUCAACUUUAUGACCUAUGAACAGACUGAUUCGGAAAAGCCAACAACACAAUGA